UCAGUGACAGACGUGACAGUGUUAGUGAAUGACUUGACAGUACUAAUAUAAAUACUUUCGUUGUUUACAUAACAUUUGCACGAAAAUAAAAUGAAAAAGCAGAAAGCCAAUAUAUUCUUCGAAAAGUUUAGCUUAUUAAAUUCACAAGAACACACUGAAGACAUUAAAUGGUCAUCAAGUUCGUCGAGCGAUUACGAAAAUACAUCGUGCUACGUAGCACGUAACAAAAAUGACACUCGCAAACGAAAACGUAAGAAACCAGCCUAUAAAAAUACAUCUAACCUAGAUAUAACUAUCGUUGAUGCAAGCAAGGACGCUGCAAAGAGUCUGCAUAGAGAAAAAUCACCGAUUUUAACAACAAAAUGUGGUGACGUCCCUCUAUCACCCAUAUUGCUGACAUCAAGAUUCCCGCCAAAUACAUCCACCUCUCCGAUUUUAAAACAAAAAAGUUUACGCGUAAGGAGUCCCAUUUUGAAACUAAAAUCUGUAUCCCCAAGGAAUUCAGUGAAAGUUAAGAAAAAUCUAUGUUUUCAUCAAGAAAAUAAAGAAUUCAAUUUCCGCACAGUUGAAUGUAACCUUAAUCCUGCUAAGAAGAAUAAAGCAGAAUAUUUUCACGAAGAUAACUCUUCAAACAUGAAAGCAGGAAUUAGCAGUGCUAAUAAUUCUACUACAAGCACAGACAGUAUGACAGACAGUAAAACAAUGAUUGAGAAAAACAAUUUAAUACUUAAAGUGAAGAAUUAUUUCAACAGCCAUUUCAGUUCUGAAAAUUCAUCUCAGAAUAUAAGUGACACACAAUCUCCUGAAGACUGUAAGAAUGAAGAUGUUGAUAUAUUAACCUGUAAAACUCAAAGUUUAACAAACAUUCAACCUUUAGGGCAUAAUAGUACAAACUCAGAUUGUUCAACCUAUUUAGAAUCUAAUUCUAAGAAAGUUAAGUACAAAAAAGGUGGUUUAGCUCACAGGCUGAAUGCACUCUUAAAAAAACAACAGGCCAAAGUUUCUCUAUGGCAUCAUGAAAGAUUUUUGGCGGUAAAUUCUAAUUUUGUUAUACCAAAAGGUGAAGUUAUUUUAUUCUGUGCAGAGAAAAUUGAUUUUAAAUAUGGAUGCUAUGUAGUAAAUGUAUUAGAUGCUAAAAAUGAAAGAUAUAAAAUAAUUAUAAAUAGUUUUUAUGUUAACAAUGACAUUUUUCCUAAUUCUAUUUUGAGGUUGUAUGAACCUUAUAAAAUAAUUACUACAAGUUGUUUGAAAAUUAUAGUCAAUGUAUGUAAAUUUGAAUUUAUAGAGUUUAAUAAUAAUUAGCCUAAGAAUUAAAAUUAACAUAUACAAAACAACCUUUAGUUAUAUGUUAAGUACCAUAUUACAAUUAAAUCAAUUUCUUUUAUAA